AUGCGUUACGUUCUCGUCUCAGGCGGUGUCAUCUCUGGAGUGGGCAAGGGCAUCAUCGCCUCUUCCACGGGUCUGCUUCUCAAGACCUUGGGACUGCGCGUAACUAGCAUCAAGAUCGAUCCGUACCUGUCGGUCGAUGCUGGUCUUAUGGCUCCUGCCGAGCACGGCGAAUGCUUUGUGUUGCACGAUGGCAUGGAGGUGGAUCUCGACCUGGGCAACUACGAGCGCUACCUCAACAUCCGUCUGACGGGCGAGCACAACAUCACCACCGGCAAGGUGUACAGGCAUGUCAUUGACAAGGAGCGCCGCGGCGAUUACCUUGGAAAGACGGUUCAGGUCGUGCCUCACGUCACCGAUGCGAUUCAGGACUGGAUCGAGCGUGUUGCCAAGAUCCCCACAGACGACUCUGGCGAAGAGCCCGACGUCUGCAUUAUCGAGCUUGGAGCCGGAAGCGGCAACUUCAUCCAGAUCCACGUCUCCUACGUACCCACCAUCCACGGCGAGCAGAAGACGAAGCCCACACAGCAUGCCGUGAAGACGGUCCGCAGUUAUGGCCUGGUUCCUGAUAUGAUCGCCUGCCGCUGCGAGCAGCCCCUUGAGGAGGCUACGGUAAGGAAGAUCGCCCUUCUUUGCCAGGUCGACGUUCCUCAGGUCCUCGUCGUUCGCGACAUGCCCACCAUCUACCAAGUUCCCCUCCUCCUGGAGGAGCAGAACCUCAUCCCCUGGCUGCGCAAGGCUGUCAACCUAGACGCCCUGUCCAUCUCUCAGUCUCGCAUCGCCGAGGGAGCAGCACUAUGGAAGACAUGGGCUUCUGUCGUCAGCCGCCCAUACGACGGUGAGAUCAACAUCGCCCUUGUCGGCAAGUACGUCAAGUCUCAGGACGCCUAUCUGUCCGUUGUCAAGUCUCUUGAGCACUCGGCGAUGCACCUGCGCAAGAAACUCAACAUCUGCUGGGUUGAUGCCGAGCACCUCGAGAUCCAGGCCAAGUCCGCGGAUCAGGCCCAGUACCACAAGGCUUGGCACGAUGUCUGCACCGCCUCCGGUAUCAUCGUUCCCGGUGGCUUCGGUACCAGAGGUACCGAGGGUAUGAUGAAGGUUUCUAAGUGGGCGCGUGAGAACGGUACCCCGUUCCUCGGUGUCUGCCUUGGUUUCCAAACCGCCAUCAUCCAGUACGCCCGCGACUUCCUCAACAUUCCGAACGCCACCUCGGAGGAGUUUGACGCCCAGGCCGAGAACAAGGUUGUCAUCUACAUGCCCGAGAUCAGCCGCGACAAGCUCGGCGGUACCAUGCGCCUCGGCCUGCGCCCGACCGAAUUCCAGCCUGGCAGCGAGUGGUCCAAGCUGCGCGCCUUGUACGGCGAGGCCGACUCGGUGGAGGAGAGACACCGCCACCGUUACGAGGCCAACCCGGCUUACGUCGAGAAGCUCUCCGAGGCCGGCUUGAACUUCAUCGGCAAGGACGACACUGGCGAGCGCAUGGAGAUCUUUGAGCUCCAGAACCACCCCUACUUCGUCGGAACCCAGUUCCACGCAGAGUACCAGUCCAAGGUUCUCAACCCCAGCAGACCCUACCUCGGCUUUGUUGCCGCCAGCGCGGGAUGCCUCGACCGCGUGGUCAAGGAGGAGCUCGCCGCUUCCAAGCAGGCCAACGGCGUUAAGCACGUCGUUUAA